CCUUCUUCGAUGCAUACAUGGCAACCAAGUCUCAUACAGACUUCUUUAUAAGAAUCAGAAAUGAAAUCCAACGAUUUAAUAACUAUGCAAGACAACACGACUUUGGGGAUGAUGAUACAGUGGCUCUGGUUAGAUCAGGUGAUGUCGAACUGGGGUUUGCUGGCACAGCAUUGGCAAGCUCCUUACCUCCUGAAUGGAUUGAUGUCGUGGAAGAGGUUCAGUAUGAAGUCACAAAAAUUAAACAGAAAAUGAAAGAACUCUCUGCAAUGCAUGAUAAACAUUUGAAUCGACCAACUCUUGAUGAUAAUGUUGAUGAGGAACAAACUAUUGAAAUAACUACCAAAGACAUUACACAGAUGUUUCACCAAAGUCAAAAUGCCAUUCAAAGAAUUGUCGCACAAUCCAGGACAGCAAGUCCAGAGGAAAAACGAAUGGUGAAGAAUGUUGUUUCCUCAUUAGCUUCAAGUCUCCAAGAAUUGUCAGGAAACUUUAGAAAGAGUCAAUCUACGUACUUAAAAAAGAUGAAGAGUCGUGAAGAAAGAGAAAGCCAUUAUUUUGAUAGUAGUAUGGCCGGUGGAGGAAGCUCGCUUAUGGAGGAAGAGAAUGAUGAAUUAUAUGAUAGAGGUUUUACGUCACAACAGAUGAAACUUGUUGAAGAUAACACAGCAAUAAUAGAACAACGGGAAAAAGAAAUUCAACACAUCGUUUCAUCCAUCGCAGAUUUAAAUGAAAUAUUUCAAGAUUUGUCUGUACUUAUUGUAGAACAGGGGACUAUACUAGACAGAAUAGACUACAACGUCGAACAAGCUUCAGUGAAGGUUGAGGAAGGCUUGGAACAGCUUAAGAAGGGUGAAAAAUACCAAAAAAGUUCGCGGAAAAUGCUUAUUAUCAUUCUGCUGGCUGUAAUAAUUAUCGUCUUACUUAUUUCAUUAGUCGUGACAAAAAGUAAGUAACGCUUUUAAAAUUUCCGUCAAUCAGUCAUGAACGGUCACUGUUAUACUGAAUCGAACUACGCGCGUGAGGAGAGAUCACGCGUCUCUGUGGAGAUUGGGACGGAAUUAUUCACCAACGAAUGGUUACGCAAUAAUAUGCAUUAGGAUAGAUAUGGAUAAACAUGAAUCCAAAGCAGAGUAUCCCGCUGUGUACCAUGUGAUGCAUGGAGUACGAAGUAGUUUUGCAAUCAGGAUUUGCAAACAUUUUUAAUGUAAUGAACCAUAAUAUGAAUUGAAUGACUGAUAGUGAUGAUUUUAAAGACUUUUGAAAGUAGAAGUCAAAUUUUGAGACAUGAAUUCAAUAUGUCCUGCAUGAACGAAGAGAAUGUGGUAGUUAAAUUUGAAAUGAAUACAAAUUUAAGAUAUUCGUAUCUUAAAUUCAGGGUGUGUGUGUCUGUACCAGGUCGCAAACACGUUAUCUCGUACCCAGGAUCUGUGUACGAGGUUGCUGGACGAAGAAACACGCACGCACUCACCUAGUAACGUUAAAACAACAUUACAGAAUUCUGGGCAUGCCACAGCUGACGCGCUGAGACUUGUCUUACUUAAUUAACCAUUACGAAAUUUCCGCAAAGGAUUGAUGGUAGCGUAUUUUUCUACUGUUUUGGGAACGUGAUGUACUAGCUCGUCACCAAAACGGCGCCAUCGCUGGAUAUUGCUACAUCAAGCCUGGCUGAUUCCGAAUAAAAAAGCUAUAUACUGUACAAACCAGCGUCUGUCGUUCAUCAGACCAGACAUAAUGUAAUUAGUGCGGGAUUAUAUUGGUGUUGACAUCCAUUUGUUUCACAAAUUAGGAGCCUCAUGUGCAUGUGAUCUUUCACAUUUUCAGUUGGCAAACAAACAAACAAACAAACAUCGAC